UUAUCCCUCAGUUUAACGAGUAAAGUGAUCAUUCAGUCAAGACAGCUGUGAUCUAUGACUUAUUAUGCGGUAUAAAGGUUCAGUUAAGUGUUUUCACAACAUUUAAAAAUGUUGUUACUUACUUUAAUGCAGCUGUGAUUUAGUUUUAGCCACAUGUGAAUGAAUGAGAACUGUGCCUUUACCGUGAUUUACCAUGGUAACCUUAGUUACCUCUAAAAUAGCGUAGAUAAUGCAGUUAUUGUUAAAAACAAUAAGUUAGUAUUAGCAACCACUGUCAUUAACAAUAAAUCAAAAUUUGACAACUGCAGUUACUAAAGUUUCUAUCUAUCUAAUACAUUUAUUUAUCAGUAGUGGUGGUACUCAGGUGCAGAUCGUGAAUUUUACUCACUGCAGUUCAUUGUUAUUUUUAUUGAUUCUGAACAUUUCCAAUUAACACCUUUCUUUCUCUCUGAAUGAUGUUUUGGCACUCCAGCGCAGGGGCUUGUCUGGACACGGUCACCAGUCUAGAGAUGUGAUCCCACCACGGUGAUGGAAAGAUGAAGACGGAGGCAUCAGAUUCAUCUCUCCGUCAUUUUUCUCACUAUAUGUUGUUUGUAGGAGGGGCUGAAGGAAAGAAAAAAGAGAAUAGAUGGAGAGAGGGGAGAAUAAAGAGGUGGAGGAGAAAGUGUGGCUGGCCACAAGUGAUGGAGGAAGAGAAGAUGGUUUUUCAGAUGAAAGAAGAGUGAUGAUGAUGGGGACAGAAGUGGGUCUGGCUUUACCAGAUUUCUUUGGGAAGCCGCAUUUGAAGGAAAGUCCACCAUUAGGACUCUCUUUUUCCUCUGAUCAUACGGACACCUGGGCUCCGUCCAUCUUGUCGUCCUCUUCCUCCUCUUUCCCCUGCCUCUCUCCUCCUCUUCCUCCGUCGGUGGGGCUGGAUGGCGUGCUGGCAGAGGGGCGGCUGGUUCUGGAUGUGUAUCGGGGUGGAGGAGAGGUUCUUCCUGUGUUCUGGGAGUGUGUUCAGGAGCAGAUGAGAGACCUGCAGUACCUCAGACUGGGAUCAGAGGAUGAGGGGGCGCUAGAGAGUGCACUGCGUGUCCUGCCCCGACUCACACAGCUGCGCUCUCUGGCUAUCAGAGGACACCGUUUCCAUGACCCCCAGGGUGACCCUCUCCCUGGCCUCCUCUCCUCUCUCCCUGACUCCGUCUCCUCUCUGUCUCUCCUCGUUCACCUGGAUCUCUCCUUCAACCAUCUCUCCUCUCUUCCUCCCUGUAUUCUAUCUCUCUCUCACCUCUCCGAGCUCCUGCUGUGUCAUAAUCGCCUGACGGGUCUGCCGGAGGGUCUGGGAGCGCUGGCGUCCCUGCAGCGAGUAAGUCUGAUGGGGAACAGGCUGGUGGAUCUACCCCAGGGAGUGGGCCUCCUCUGCAGGCUGGAGGAGCUGGAUGUGUCCUUCAACCUUCUGGAGAGACUUCCAGAAGAACUGGGCCAACUGGAGAACUUACAAACUCUGGAGCUUUCAAAUAACAGACUCAGAGCGCUGCCGGAGACGAUGGGAUCUCUCCGCUCUCUGAGGCAGCUAGUGAUCCAGAGUAAUGAUCUGAGGAGUGUUCCAGAAUGUUUGCACUCCCUCCCGCUGCUCGACAAACUGGACAUGAGGAACAACCCACUGGGCCGCCCCCCGACGCCCCCACCGCUCGCUCGCGUGACCCCAGUUCUGGAAUGUUCUGAGAUCCCAGAGCUGCACCUCGGACUCGAGCAGCACAGUUUUCAAGUAUCACCUGCUGGUUGUCACGUGUUCCUUCCUGGAGGGGCGGAGCUCUUGUUUCCACGGAGAUGCGUAAGCUUGGUCACACAACUCCAGUGGGCGGAGAGGAGACCAGACAGGAAGUGGGUGUGGCUAGAGGAGCAUGACAUCCUGUUGAGUCGACAACUGGAGCUCUGCCCACAUGGAGCCACAUUUGAGAAGCCGGUAGAGGUGUGUAUCCCGUAUCGUAAAGCACGUAAAGGUGAUGUGGCGGUUCGCAGGUUUGAUGGUCAGUCUUGGACGACACUGCCCACCCUGACCAGGAGAGGAAGUGAGAAACACAGCUGCAGGCCAGGGGGCCGUCCAGCACGGUUGGCCUGCUGCAGUGUGUCGCAGUUCUCGUGGUUUGUGGCCGUCUCUCGUCCUUUCCUGGACAGUUGCUCCGUGUCCCCAGAGGGGGCACUGCUGGUAUCUCAAUUCGACCCGGGGAUCAAACUUACAUUUCCUCCAGAGUGCACAACAGGGACACGUACGGUCACACUGCAGGUCCUGCAGGUGGCGCUGUCUGAGGUGCAGGACCUGACCGGAGACCCUCAUGCGAGCGCCAGCCCACUGCUAUGCCUCUCUCAAACUCCCAGCAUGCACUUCCUUCAGCCAAUCAGAGUGCAGGUUCCUCUUCCACCUGGAGUAACUGGACACAUGGUGGACAUGUCCCGUUUGCACCUGAUGCACGGCGACCCCACGGCCCACACCUGGACUGACAUCACCGCUCAGGUGUCGCUCUACGUCACGCACAUCUACGCUGUCUUCUCAGUCACACACUUCUCAUGGUACUGGUUGUGGUACACCACUCACAGGUGUGUUAGUGGGGUUGUCAGGAAGAUGUAUCACCGCUUGAAACAGUUCCGGGUUCGAUUCCUGGCGCUUCAGAGAAAAAGCGACCCAGAGCAGGUUCUGCUGCAGUGCCUGCCGUCUGACAAGGCUGAAAGCAGGUUGGUGUCUCUGUCGGAGCAGUAUGAUGGUCCUCAGCCAUCUGAGUUGUGUAUCCUGCUGGAGGGAGAGCAGUUUUUCGCUGGCUUUGAGAGAGGCAUUGACAUCAGCGCAGACCGUCCUGACUGUAAAGAUGGCAGACUGUCAUUCACCUUUUACUCUCACCUGAAGAACAUUAAAGAGGUCCAUGUGUGCCCGACCCACCCACAGCAGGGCACCGUGAGAGGACAGGUUUCAUUUUACAGGGGUGAAGUGCCUAAUGAUCUUCCAGAAGAAGUAGCAAGUAAAAGAAAAGGUCACGACAACCAGUGGAUGGCGACGCUUCCUUUGCGGAUUCCUAACGCUGACUGUGAUGGGAACAUCUCCGGCGAGCUGAACCUGGGCGACCCGGAGAGCGGCUACCUGACACAGACCAACCUGCUGUCCAUCUCCUUACGCAUCAACCAAGAGUGGCAGAAUAUCGGCAUCAGCCUGGGCAUCAGCUACGACCAGCUGGAACGGAUCCGAAACCAACACAGGGACAACUUUGGGGCCCAGGUAUUGGCGAUGCUCUUUCAUUGGGCGAGAGGGCAGCAGGGGGCGGGGCCUGGGGCGGUGCAACGGCUGAUGAAAGCACUGGUGGACAGUGGUAGGCGGGACUUGGCAGAAGAAGUAGAGGACAUAGUGACUCUGGGAAAGAGGAAGUAUGAAGAAUCACUAAAGCGAGUCGGGCUGGAAACACCAACUACCUCUGCAGACCCUCAGUCCAGCUGACACACACACACACACACACACACACAUGAUCAUGAUGAGUGUGGAUGCCAAGAACAUGACAUUAACUCCCACCAGCAGCAGUGGAGAUGAACACAAUGACACACACAGACAUACAGUGUGUCUUCUCUCAGAGCAGCGUCUGUCUGAAUGAUGUCUCUUUCUCUCUCGUGCCUCUCAAGAACUCAGUGUCCAGCAGAUGGAUUUUAUUUGUAGUGAGACACAAUGUAGCACCUUUACAGUGUGUCAGAUGAGCCACGAGUGUUUGUUACAUGUUAUUUUUUAAUGUUUUUAUCAAGAAACAAUCAAAACAUUUCAUGUAUGUUGUUGAAUCUCAUGUAACCUCUUGAAAGAGGGUCAUAUUUGACCUCAUAAUCAAAUGAAAAAAUUUAUGAAAUUAACUUAUAUUAAAGAAACAGGCAGAAAUUAUAUUUUGCAUAAGCAAGAUAAAGCCAUUAAUAUUU